AUGCACACAACUCUUCAGAUUCCUCUUGUAACAACCAGAACAACCCCCAUAAGCGUAUACCUGAAGAUUCUCAGAUCACACACAUAUAGCCUGGUCAACCCCGCAAUCUCUACACUCCCAUUCACAAAGACCGGCCGUCGUAAGAACAGACAGAGAGAUGCUGAGACCGAGUGCGAGUGGGUGACAUGUGAAAGCCUUGAUAUCACCGAACACUUAACGCGCAAGCCACCCAACACCACUACCAAAGCCCCCCGACCCCCUGAGAGCACAGCGAGUAUGUGCGUAUAUGAACAGGGCUGCGAGGAGGUCGAUAUAGAAAUGUACCAGCCGUCGCACCGCCAGACGACCAAUCAGAUUCGGGUACAUGAUAAUCGAAAGAGUCAAGGAGCGCACCGACAGAGAGGUGUGUGUGGUGUGGUCGAGCUGUACGAUAGGCUGCAGACCCAACGCGAGAGGAGAGAUGCUGAAACGGAGAGAAAAUCAUGCGAUGUUGCAACACACACUAAUAUACAACAGACGAGUGAUACUGGGAGGGAAG